CAAACUGGUUGGAGAAUCGGUCUUCAACAUCCUUGUGCUGAUGAAAUCGAUGACGUCGAAGCGUUUAUCGUCCGAACGAUCAAGAAAAACUAUAUUGCAUGUCUACGUGUUCCAACACAAAAUCAUAGCAGAUAUUCAAUUCUCUAUUCACAUCCGAACGCUAGCGAUCUUAGUGAUCACGUUAAUGGUGUGCCGAACCUCAUCGACGUGGCAAGAUUCUACAAAUGUGAUGUUUAUGCUUAUGACUAUAGUGGAUACGGGAUUAGUUCAGGACAUGCCAGUGAAUCAAACCAGAAAGCCGAUAUUAGAGCCAUUUAUGAUCAUCUGCUAAAUGAUCGUGGUGUUCAACCUGAUCAAAUCGUUCUCAUGGGAUAUUCAAUUGGUUGUUUUGCUUCUGUCUCACAACUUCGUCUGUUCAUCUGUUCCACUACGGCAGGCGUCAUACUUCAAGCUCCGCCCACUUCGGUGCUUCGUGUGCUGCUGUGGGAGAGAGCAUGUUUCAAGAAGCCCUUCUCCAAUAAUACUUGCUGUGCUGAUCGUUUCUCGAUUUACGAUAGGAUUUCUGAGAUUCAAGUUCCAGUGCUUGUAAUACACGGAGAAGAUGAUAGAAAAGUUCCUAUAGCACAUGGUAAAGCCGUCUGUGAAAAGGCAGUUAAUCGAGUAGCUCCGUUAUGGCUCAGAGCCACACAUGAUAAUAUCGAAAACUGUAGCGCAACAUGGAUUCGAAUCCGAAAUUUUAUGAAACAGUGCGUUCACAUCGUUCAUAGUUUUCCUGCUUUUAAGCCCUUUCAAUGA